CAGUCACCCAACUGAAUGGGUGUGCAGUUUUGGCUCCAGAUAAGCGCAUGUUGUUAGAUACUAGCUGUAGUGGUGGCCACAAAUUACAGAACAGAACACAGGAGAUCAGACUGAGGAUAGAACAAUCUUCCUGUAUAGGAGCCCAUCUUUAUCAGAUAUGGGGUCACUCCCCACUGAACUGCUUUGCCUUUUACUCCUAUUCAUUCCGUUGGUCAGCACACAAAGUAAAUUUUGUGGGCCUUCCUGUUACAGUGACUCUGCCUCAGAGUUCACCCCAAGGGACCCUUGUUUACAAUUUUACUCUGGACAACUGCGGAAGCACCAACCCAACAGUAAUAAUUGAUUCGGUUAGCCCAAGCACCACUUUUUUCAACAACCCAACACUGACCUCCCUUGGUUCUACAGCAUAUGGUCUACAGAUCACUCUAAGCAGCUCUGUGGACUUAAACGCAUACACUGUAAAUCAGUACACACUGAACAUCACAGCAACUUGUGGAAAUGUCUCAGUUGAUGGUCAGCUCUUUGUCAAGAUCAGCAGUACAAACUAUGUACCACAGUGUGAACCAGGCUUUUCCAGCCAAGCCGGUGAUACAGUACAGGUCUACUCAAAUGUCCCCGCUUCCAGUGUUAUUUACACAGUGGCAUUGCGGCAGCCUAACAAUGCUCCAGUAACGUACCGAAUGACGCAGCCUUUUCCCCCAGUCUUUACAAUUUCUAGCAAUGGAGAAGUAAUGGCUCCAGCUGCUGGAUUCACCAAUGCAUUAAAAACCUACCAGCUAAAGAUUCAAGUGAUAGACUCUCUUGGAAUCAAUUGUACUGGCACCCUGAAUGUGAAUGUUCUCCCUGUCAAUACCACCUUCCUCAGUAUCACGAUGGCAUCGAAAGCAGUUACCAUCACAGAGAAUGGAGGCCCAAAUUAUUUUGCCACAGUUAUGCAGGCUACAGGUUCAAGUAAUAUUGUGUAUGAGAUGAUAACACCGACAACUGCCUAUUACAUCGAAUCAGGAACAGGGACUAUCCGGACCACUUAUAACCUGGAUCUGGAGAAAACACCAGGGUUGGCGUUUACCACUUUGCAAGUGAGAGCUUAUGACAUGUACCAGCGCAGCUACAGUGCCAUUGCUACUGUGAAUAUCACUGUACUGGAUGUCAAUGACAUACCUCCUUCAUGCAGCCCAGCUGUAUUUACAACUGAGGUUCCAGAAACAACGCCGAUCAACCAACUACUUGCGAGUUUCACUUGCACAGAUCCAGAUGUGAACAGCACAAAACUCACAUACAGCAUAAUCCCCAAUGCUUACUCUCUGUACUCCUUCCGCAUGUCUGGGUCACAACUACUGGUAAACCAGACCUUAACCUAUGAUUCUGCUGCAAUUGCCAGUGUAAAUUUCCAGUAUGCAGCCACAGUUGUUGUGAGUGAUGGUGGCUCUCCUCCACUUACCACCAAUAUUCCUGUGUUUGUGACUGUCACUCCUGUGAAUCAGUACAGCCCUGUAUGCAAUGGACCUUAUACCUUCUUUGUUAAUGAAAAUGCCCCAUUUGGGACUGUCGUGGGUCAGGUGAAUGCCACCGAUGCAGACUACAAAUUUAAUAAUGUGGAAUUCAGUAUCCAAGGAGGAACUAAUCCGCCUGUCUUCUACAUCAAUCCUCGGAAUGGAGAGAUUAAUCUCCUUGGCCCUCUGGACUAUGAGACUACCACCAGCUAUUCACUUAAUAUCCAAGUGGUGGAUCUGAAUGAUGAUAUCAUACCUGACCCCAUUAACCAAAAGACCACCUUCUGUACUAUAACAAUCAAUGUGCAGGAUUAUAAUGACAACCCGCCAUUCUGCACUCCUCCAUAUUACAUGACAACCAUUUACUCCACCCUGAGUACCCUAGCCAACGUCCAGACCGUGACAUGCAAUGACAAAGAUCCCACUUCAGUGCUGAGCUACACCAUCGUCGGUGGUAAUAUCAAUAAUCGAUUUUAUAUGCUUGGAAACACUGUAAGACACAACCUUUUCUCCUACAACAACAAUGGUGUUUUCGAUCCUCUGACAUUUGAACUCCUGGUCCUGGUGACAGACAGCACAAAUCCCCCUCAGUACAGUACCACGGCAACUGUGAUUGUUAAUGUUAUUCCAUGGACUACUACACAGCCCACCACUACGUCAACCACCACGACUCCACAGAAACAAACAAGGAUUGUGAAUGGAACAGUGACAUACUGGCAACCUGAUGUGUGGUUUAUGGUGGUCCUGACCAUUACUGGUGUGCUCCUUCUCGGAGCCCUAUCACUGCUAGCCUGGAAAUUAACUAAAGGAUGCACAGUUUGUUCUUCUGGUGCAAAAGACGCAACACAACCAUUACUCCAGGACAGUUCCUUUACAGAUGUGGAGAAAACAGCAGAGGCGCCUAAAGAGCCACCACCAGAGCAGCCACCAAACAAGGAGAAAAAAGAUAUUGCCCCACUUAGCCCUCUGAGCUUGAUGUGGAGAGAACAGCAGAGGCGCCUAAAGAGCCACCACCAGAGCAGCCACCAAACAAGGAUAAGAAGAGACAUAGCCCCACUUAGCCCUCUGAGCUUGAUGUGGAGAGAACAGCAGAGGCGCCUAAAGAGCCACCACCAGAGCAGCUACCAAACAAGGAUAAGAAAAGACAUAGCCCCACUUAGCCCUCUGAGCUUGGUUCCAUUUGUCCUUCAGAAGCUUCAGCAACAGUAUAAACAACUAAUGGCGGUAAUGGCAAACAGAGUAUGGUCCUGUAGGAGAGUAACUUACUUUAACUGAAGGAUAUACUCAAGUGAUGAUAACACAAAAACUAUUUUUGCUGGAUGAGAGCUGGCAUUAGGGUGAGAACUGGGAAAAUGCCCGGGGCAGAACACUUAAUAAGAACCCACAAAGCAGCAACUAUAUGUAAAAAGAGUGGAAACCAUGAUCCAGAUAAAGAUGGUUACAGAAGGGCAAGACAGGGAGAGUAAAUCUGUAGAUUACUGUUGCCCAACAGCCACACUGGGGAGAGGCGAUGGCUGUGACAACAAACCAUGAUUCUGGGAAACUUCUGCACUUUUCUUAUAUGUAAUUGUUUGGUUUGCUAAUGUUCGACAGCUAUAGUCACCCCUGCUUGAGCUGCUGUUACUGAUGUACAAUCUUUUUUUUUCAAUUACUGUAGUUUUUACAGUAAAACUUAAGGCUCAAAUAAGCAUUAAGAUAUAUUCAUAUUUGUCGCUGUAAAUUUCAUUCAGUAAUCAGAACUCAACUUUAUAAUACCCAGGAGCGUAAGGACUUGAAACAACUAGAAAAUUACAAGAUAUUUUUUUCCCUGAUGUAACUAUUGCAGUUUCAGGAGAAGGGAAUGUCUUACCAAGCUACGUAAUAAUGAAAGAAGAAUGUGAGAUGCAUAAGGGCUACUACUGCAUUUUGUCUGGCUAUUGGUCUGCCUUUGCAAAGGAACAGCGUGUCAUGGAGCGCAUUGAUAUUUACAUUUAAAAUAUGAGGUAGAGCCACAGAGGCUUGGCAAGAGAGCAGGGGUUAUAAAAAGAACAAAGAGACUUGCACUUCAGUUUACUCUCAUGUGGCUCUUGUGUAUUGCUGGGCUGUAGUGGAGUUAUAACCACUAUUGUCUGUAUAAUUAUGACCCUAACACUCAUAAAUUGUCUAAAAAGAACACUGUAUUUUUACUUUGGUACUUUUGAUUAUUGUCCAUUUAUUAUGAUUUGUAGGAACAUUCUCAGUACAUUUUUAGUGUAACAUUCCUCAGGUAAUGGAUCCAGAUCAACAGAACAUUGCAAUCAGUGAUAUCCAUUCUAAGGAAACCUACUAAAAAUGUUAAAUUAAGAUUAACAAGUUAAGAUUUGUUUGACAAAAUAGUUGCAUUAAGGUACAGAUUGGGCAGGGGGAUCCUGAGGGAUUCACCCCUCCAUCGCUGUCUCACUCGUGGCUUGCUGGGUGGUACAGCUGGUGUUGCAGUCUUCUGGCCAUGGUGUUGGACAGCAGGCUUACUUCCUCACAG